AUGAAGGCCUCAAUCCCCACAGUGCUGCAGGCUCAGGCAGCUUUGUCACUUUACUUAGAGUUGUCCUACAGAACUCUUCAGUGGCAGAAUGACCACCUGUUGACCUCCGUUACCAAGUGUGAUGGAGAGAUCCAAAUCAACAGCUGUCAGUCAGGUGGGCCCCGGGGUGAGGCCCUCCGGCGCUGGGGGGUGGGGAGGUUUAUCGCUGCAUCACUGGGGCUCGUGAUGCAAUCAUAUGUACAGUACUAA